GAGAAACAUGGCUGCCUCCUUGAACGAAGAGAUUCACCGUUUGGCCUUUUACAAUCUUCGGCCUGUGCUCUUACAUGGAUAUGUUUUUCCAUUUUUAUUUAUUUAUUCUAUAUGGGCGUAUAUCUGGACAGUUUUAUAUGGAAUUGAAGACUACUUUGAAGGGGGUUUGAUUGCCUUUGCUGCUAUCGGUUUGCUGCAGAUUCUGACAGCUUUGUUUUGCCUGUGGUCUGUACACGUCAGAUGCGCACUAACAUGUGGAAAGGUGCUAGAUCCUUUCAAGGCUCAGUGGGUGAAAGUUGUGCCAACGCCUAACAAUGGUUCAACAGAACUGGUCAAAUUGCAUCAUAGAAAAGAUGAUGGAGAUGAUCCGCUGUGGUUCUAUUUCCAAAAGGCAAAGUACUUAUAUGACGAUGAGGAGCGGAAGCAGUUUGUGCCGGUCUCCUUCCCCAUUGACCAGUCCAUACAGUUCUACAUGGACUGGAGGGGCUACCAGAAGGAAGAGGAGGCGCUGGCCGCUGAUAAAAAAUAUGGGAAAAACAAUAUGGUCAUGGACAUUCCGAAAUUUAUGGAACUCUUCAGAGAGAGAGCGACUGCUCCUUUCUUUGUGUUUCAAGUGUUCUGUGUAGGCCUAUGGUGCCUGGAUGAGUACUGGUACUACUCUGUCUUCACCCUCUUCAUGCUCAUCACCUUCGAGGCCACCCUGGUGCAACAGCAGCUGCGCAACAUGGCGGAGAUACGCAAGAUGGGGAUACAGCCCUACCUCAUUCAGGUGUACAGGAAUAGGAAAUGGAUAAAAAUUAUGACAGACGAGCUGUUACCAGGAGAUAUAGUCUCAAUAGUGCGGUCUCAGGAUGACAAGAUUGUUCCCUGUGACAUGUUGCUUCUCCGAGGGCCGUGUAUCGUGGAUGAGUCUAUGUUGACUGGGGAGUCUGUGCCAGUGAUGAAGGAGCCGGUGGAGAACGUGGAGCAGGACCACUUCCUCAACAUGGACCAGGACGGCAAGCUGCACGUCCUAUACGGGGGGACCAAGGUCGUACAGCACACCUCGCCCAGCAAGACCGGCGCGGGACUCAAAGCUGGCGAUGACGGCUGCAUCGCGUACGUGCUGCGCCACAGCUUCAACACGUCGCAGGGCAAGCUGCUGCGCACCAUCCUGUACGGGGUCAAGCGCGUCACGGCCAACAACCUGGAGACCUUCUUCUUCAUCAUGUUCCUCCUGGUGUUUGCCAUCAUCGCCGCCGCCUACGUCUGGAUUAAAGGCACAGAGGACCCGUCGAGGAAUCGCUACAAGCUGUUUCUGGAGUGCACGCUGAUCCUGACCUCUGUGGUGCCCCCUGAGCUUCCCAUUGAGCUGUCGCUGGCCGUCAACACGUCGCUCCUAGCCCUCACCAAGCUGUACGUUUACUGCACUGAACCAUUCCGCAUCCCUUUCGCCGGGAAGAUUGACAUCUGUUGUUUUGACAAGACGGGGACUCUGACCAGUGACAACCUGGUUGUGGAGGGAAUCACAGGACUCAAUGGCUCGGAGAUCGUGUCGCCGACAGACGCGCCCCUGGAGACCACGCAGGUCCUGGCCACCUGUCACUCGCUGGUACAGCUGGAGGCCGAGCUGGUCGGGGACCCGCUGGAGAAAGCCACGCUCAAGUUUGUCGACUGGACGCUCACUAAAGGAGAGACGGUGGUGCCUCAGAAGCGGAAGACGCAUGGGCUCAAGAUCUACCACCGCUUCCACUUCCAGAGCGCCCUCAAGCGGAUGUCGGUCAUCGUGGGCCACACGCCUCUGGGCAGCACAGAGAUCAACUACAUGGCGGCCGUCAAGGGAGCUCCCGAGACUCUCAAGUCCAUGUUUAAGAGCCUGCCGUCCCUCUAUGACGAGGUGUACCUGAAGAUGGCGCGGCGCGGGGCGCGGGUGUUGGCCCUGGGCUACAAGGGGCUGGGCAGUCUCUCUCAUCAACAGCUGCGUGAAGUGUCACGAGAGCAAGUGGAGAAAGACCUGGACUUUGCCGGGUUCGUCAUCAUCUCCUGCCCUCUCAAGUCCGACUCGAAGGCGGCCAUGAAGGAAAUUGUCAACGCCUCCCAUCACGUGGCCAUGAUCACAGGGGACAACCCUCUGACUGCCUGCCACGUGGCCAAGGAGCUCCGCAUGACGCGCAAAGAAUCGACGCUCAUUCUGACACCGCCGAAUAAACUUGCUGACGAGUGGCACUGGCAGUCCAUAGACGACAAGACGGUCCUCAAGGCCAAACCGUCCAACCUGAAGAAAGAGCUGCUGAGCGGUUUCGAUCUUUGUUUGACUGGAGAGGCUCUGUCGUAUCUCCAGGCGGAGGACAAGAAGUACUUCCUCCUGUUGCUGGCCAACACCAAAGUGUUUGCUCGGGUCGCUCCCAAGCAAAAGGAAUUGAUUAUCACGGCGUUGAAGUCUCAGGGCUACAUAACCUUGAUGUGUGGAGAUGGGACCAAUGAUGUUGGAGCUCUCAAACACGCGGACGUUGGAGUUGCUCUUCUUGCAAAUGCCCCAGAACGAGUCCCAGAUCGCAAAAAGAAAGAGGCAGUGGACGGAGACGCAGGCAGCUCUGUGGACCGUCAGCCGGCCAACGCCGGGCCAGCCAACCACCGGGCCAUGCAGGGCCGACCCAUGAACCGCGCGGCCAAGAUGAGGGCCGUCAAUAGGGGAGACAACCUACAAGCUCAACAGAAAAAAUUGCAAGCCCUGAUCAAAGAGAUGGAGGAGGAGGAGAAGGCUCAGGUGAUACGUCUGGGAGAUGCUAGUGUGGCCUCACCCUUCACUUCCAAGUUGUCCACUGUCAUGAGUGUGUGUAACAUCAUCAAACAGGGCCGCUGCACUCUGGUGACCACGCUGCAGAUGUUCAAGAUCCUGGCCCUGAACGCCCUGAUCCUGGCCUACAGUCAGAGCGUGCUCUACCUGGACGGCAUCAAGUUCAGCGACGGUCAGGCCACCAUGCAGGGCCUGCUGCUGGCCGGAUGCUUCCUCUUUAUCUCUCGCUCCAAGCCGCUGCGUACGUUGUCCAAGGAGCGUCCUCUGCCCACCAUCUUCAACGUGUACACCGUGCUCACCGUGUUCCUCCAGUUCUGCGUGCAUUUCUCCUGUCUCUUCUUCCUGGUGCAGGAGGCCAAAGCUCGGAUGCCCAAAAACGAGGAUGGAAAGUUCAUCGACCUUGAGAAAGAGUUUGAGCCGAGCCUUCUCAACAGCACCGUCUACAUCAUCUCCAUGUCGCUGCAGGUCUCCACGUUCGCCGUCAACUAUAAGGGUGAGCCGUUCAUGGAGCGUUUGCGGGACAACAAACCUCUGCUGUACAGCCUGGCCUUCUCCACCGGCGCCGUGCUGGUCCUGGCCAGCGGGGCUAUACCCGAGCUGUCGCAGCAGUUUGAGCUGGUGGAACUACCCAUUGAGUUCCGGAACAUAGUGCUUGGAGUAGUGGUGGGAGAUAUAGCAGCAGCCUUUGCCAUCGACCGUGUAGUGCAAUUCCUACUGGGGGGAGGACGUUUGAAAACAACGUGCUGAAGGAGAGAUUAUAGAUAGAAGAGAGAGAGAAAGAGUGAGAGAGAGAGAGAGAGAGAAAGAUAGAGAGAGAGAGAGAGAGAGAGAGAGAGAGAGAGAGAGAGAGAGAGAGAGAGAGAGAGAGAGAGAGAGAGAGAGAGAGAGAGAGAGAGAGAGAGAUCGACGGAUGGUGCUACUAGCAAAUGGAUGGAGUAAAGAAAGAACAACUGGAGAGAAAAAGAGAAGAGAUGAAUCAGUGCUGCUGUUUUGUUUGUCUGUCUGUCUGUCUGUCUGUCUGUCUGUCUGUCUGUCUGUCUGUCUGUCUUUCGUGAUAGUUUAAUGAGUUACUCAAUUCUGUGAUGAUGAGAUAAAAGCCAUGUUGAGGAUUAUUUUGUUCGCCAUGUCUCUUCAUUAUUGUAUUACACUCUUGUCUUUGUCUUUGUGUUUGUGUAGCUACGGGAUUCAAAGAAGCAUUUCGACUCUAGCGUGUUCACGUUUGGGUUGAUCUCUUCAUGACCGUUUGACUUUUAUAAAA